AUGUCGACCGACGCAGAAACCCAGGACAUCAAUCUCGUUCUUACAGCUCUCUUUAAACAAAUCGAUAUUGGCGCACAUGGGGCCAUCAAUUUCAAACGUCUAGCAGAAGAUAUGGGUGUCAAUGGUCAGAAUGCUGCUCGGCAUCGCUUCCACCGAUUCAAAAGAUGUUUUACUAGAACUGAUGGGGUACAUCCCACUCCUGCCGACGUCAACAACAAUAAUCUCGUUAUGAGGACCCUUUUCAAGCAAAUCGAGAUUGGCAGGAUCGACUUCGCACGCUUGGCGCAAGAUAUGGGUGUUAAUGGUCAAAAUGCUGCGAGGCAUAGGUGGAUCCGGCUUUUGAACAGUUUUGGGAUUAGCAGACCAAAUAGGGCGGGUGGGGAUGAUGGCAGAGAUGACGAGAAGAAGCACAGAAUAAAGUCUGGAAACAAAGAUGGGGAAGAGGACAGAAAGGAGAGAGACGAAGCAGCAAAUAGCCCCGUAAAAGUCGAAGCGAAUACCAAAGCUACUAGAUUAAGUCUGCCUGGCUCGCCACUAAAGUUUGAGAUCAAAAGGGAGGGAACCGUUCUAGAGUCACCUAAGAAAAUUGGCAAGAGAAAGAUGGAGGACCCGGAUGGAAAUUUGACGGAAGAGAAAGAGGGGGCGAGGUUGAUGCAAAUGCCGGCGAGAAAAUUUCUGAAGAGUGCGACGAAGAGUAUCAAAAAGAGAAAGAGUAGUAUACAGACGAGUGAUGGUACCGGGGAAGGCUAUAAUGGGCAUGGUCAAGAUGAGGGGUUUGAGUCUGGGUUUGAGGACAUCGACUACACAAAAGUUCCUGACAAGAAGAAGAGGAGGGGUGGAAUGGUCGACGAAUACAGUGGCGAGGAAGAUUGGGAAGCUUAG